AUGUCCACCCUCGCCGCCCAGAAAGCAACGGCUCAGACCGUCAUCGAUGGAUACAACGCAUGGAAUAUGGACAAAAUCAUGGCCUAUCGAACGGAAGACUGUACACAACAAGUCCUUCCUGCAUCGCUAGGGCGACCAGUCAUGAACAACACCCAAUAUCGCGAACGUUUCAGUCAGAUGAUUCCACAUUUCAGGAACUUCAAGGUUACUGUCCACACAGAGGUCCAUGAUGCAGAUGCGCAUACGUGUAUCAUGCAUGCGACGAGCACAGCCGACAGUGACAUUGGACCGUACGCGAACGAGUACGCGCUGGUCUUGCAUUUCACGGAGGACGGGAAGCAGGUUACCAAGUUCUUGGAGUUUGUAGACUCGGCUUUCUCCAACAAGUUCUUCAAAGAGCUGAGGGAUGCGGGACUUGGACCGCAGUAG